GUUCCAGUGCGGUACCUGUACACCGUCCUAAUUCCGCUUCCUUGUUCCUUUACCACUCAAAUACCCACCCACCCUUGACGCAAUUUCCAUUUCCAUUGUUUUCCUAUCCUCUUCUUCCUCUUCGCCUUACCCCCUUUCAUUUCUUCCUCCGCUCCUUUUUGCCCUCUCCGUAGGGUUCACCUCUGGCUCCGAUAAACUCUCUCUUAUAUGAUUCCCGGUUUCCAAAUCGUCCAAAGUGUAUUAUUGCUGCUGAUCGUGUUCGCCGUCGCUGGUUCGCUCCUUUUUGCUCCCUUUGGAGGGUUUUCCGUUGUGGUUUUUGCGCUGUAUCCAUGUCUCAGCUCUUCGGAUUCGCUGGAAGCGACGACUUUAACUCUGGGGGCACAGUAUACACGAACCCCAAGGACACGAGCCUCUUUUUGCCGCUUGGUCACCAUGUCGAUCUAUACUAUCCUUCGCGCAAGAGGUCUCGCGUCAGUGUUCCCUUCAUCUUUGAUGGGGGUAUGUUUGAGCCAAAGAAGCAGACUUCUAUCGAGGUUCUGCCCGAUGAGUGUCUAUUUGAGGUCUUCAGAUGCUUGGAAGGACAAGAAAGGAGCGCUUGUGCAUGUGUUUCAAAGCACUUUCUUAACCUUCUCAGCAGCAUCCGCAGGGAAGAGUUUAGCCAUGUGAAAGUUACAGAAACUGUGAUUUCUGAAUCUGUUGAAGAAACUGAAGGUGAUGGUUACCUUUCAAGGAGCUUGGAGGGGAAGAAGGCUACAGAUGUAAGAGUUGCAGCCGUUGCAGUUGGAACUGCUACUCGCGGUGGAUUGGGCAAGCUUUCCAUUCGUGGUUGCAAUUCGAGUCGUAAGGUGACAGAUGUUGGCCUUAAAGCUGUUGGCCGCUGCUGCCCUUCCCUAAGGGUACUUUCUCUCUGGAAAUUGUCAUCUGUGACUGAUGAGGGGCUUUGUGAAAUUGCCGAAGGAUGCCGCCAGCUAGAGAAGCUUGAUCUCUGUCAGUGUCCUGGAAUCACAGACAAGGGCUUGCAGGCUAUUGCAAGGAAUUGUCCCAGUCUUACAGACCUUACAAUAGAGUCGUGUGGGAACAUUGGGAAUCAAGGCCUGCAAGCUAUUGGCCAGUCUUGUGCCAAUAUAAAGUCUGUCUCGAUUAAGAACUGUCCAGCUGUUGGUGAUCAAGGAAUUGCUGGCCUGGUAUCGUCUGCUUCAUAUGCCUUGACAAAGGUGAAGCUUCAGGCUUUGGACAUCAGUGAUGUGUCUUUGGCUGUGAUUGGACACUAUGGCAAGUCGGUUACAGAUCUUAGCCUUUCCAGCCUUCCAAAUGUCAGUGAAAGGGGAUUUUGGGUCAUGGGCAAUGGCCAUGGUCUACAGAAAUUGAGGUCCCUUGCUGUGACAUCCUGCCCUGGGGCCACUGAUGCUGGGAUCAAGUCGGUGGGCAAGGGUUGUCCAAAUUUGAAGCAGUUAUCUAUCAACAAAUGUGCAUUCCUAUCCGACAAUGGGUUAGUUGCAUUCGUGAAGUUCUCAGCAGCACUAGAGAGCGUGCAAUUGGAGGAGUGCCACAGGAUCACCCAGUUUGGGUUUUUUGGUUCCCUUUUAAACUGUGGCACAAAGCUGAAAGCUUUCUCUCUGGUGAACUGCAUGGGCAUUAGGGACUUGACUGCUGAAACACCUUUGCCGCCUUCCCAGUGUGAAUCCCUUCAAUCAGUGUCCAUCCGCAACUGCCCUGGGUUUGGUGAUGGUAGCUUGGCCUUUUUGAGCAAGCUGUGUCCUCAACUGCAGAAUUUGGAAUUCACCGGUCUUCAGGGUGUGACUGAUUCUGGGCUGAUCCUAGUACUCGAGAUGUGCAAGUCUGGGUUAGUGAAGGUCAAUCUCAGUGGUUGCACCAAUUUAUCCGACAGAGUUGUGAUGGAGAUGGCUGAGCACCACGGUUGGACCCUCGAGACCCUGAAUCUCGAGGGUUGUAGCAGGAUCACCGAUGCAAGUUUGGUGGCUAUUGCAAAAAGCUGCCUUUUGAUCAGUGAUCUUGAUGUCUCAAGAUGCUCAAUCACUGAUGGUGGUGUUGGAUCCCUGGCUGCUUCUUCUGGCCUGCUCGGUCUGCAGGUCUUCUCUGUCUCAGGUUGUUCCAUGGUAUCAGAUAAGAGUUUCAAAAGCCUGGUGAAGUUGGGACAGACUCUGUUGGGGUUGAAUCUUCAGCACUGCAGUGCAAUCAGUAGCUGCACCUCGGAACUACUUGUGGAACAACUGUGGAGGUGUGAUGUGCUUUAUUGAAGCAAGAACGGUAUUUGCUACUCAGGAGUAGGCAGCUGCAUCAACAACAGCCUUUUGUGUAGUUUCUUUCGGUCUCCAAUCAGCCGAGUAGGGUUUGCAUUCUUCCUCCGAGGACUUGGUUUCCUUUUUCCUAGGGACAUGGCCAUUCUCUUUUUUUCGCAGGCUUUACCUCCGCCCGAGGGAAGUCUGUUACAAGUCUAUUUAGCUCUCCCUAACAAAUGGGGAGCUCGGUAACUUUCUUUGUGGCCAGUAGUUUCCCUAGAGAAUACAGUCAACUGGGUUCUCGUUCUUCUGCCUUUUUCCCUAGGGGUUUUCUUCCUUCUUCUUCCUGGUGUUUUAGCUCAAGCCUGUUGAUCCCCCAUCAUUGGUGUUUGGGUGAAGCUUUUCCUUGUUUAAGCCAAUCCGUGUCGAGGAGUCGGUCUGUGAGUUCACUACUAGUUAUGGUCUUCUAUCUUCUUUUUGUAAUCAUGUUGUGAGACGUGAUGGUUGUUGGGUUUGUGUUUUCGUCGUAAGGAUGGUAGAGGAGGGGAAAGUCUUGAGAGUCAAUGGUCUUCAUUUACGGGCUGCUUUGUGGGAGUUUGGUGGGGGGGAGUUGGUUUGGCCUGUUGGUUUUUGUCUUGGAGUUCUUGGCCAUGGCAGCAUGUUAUAUCGUUGCUUGCCAUGACAACCUUCUUCAAUGGGGGUUGUUUUUUCUGUCAAGCUCCUUGUUUUUCAACAAGCCAAAAGUCUCCUCCGCCUUAGCUCUGUUUUGCAGCUUGUAACACUAAUGUAUUAUGUAAUGAAAGAUGAUCUCUCCUCCCAACCACCCUUUGUUGUUCUAUGCUCUGAUAUGAUAAUAAAUAAAUGAUUUCUGUUACUCAAUUGUCUGUUUCAUGUCUGCUGUUCUUGUUGAAACCUCUUCGAUAUGAGAU